AUGACAAAGAAGAGAGCUUCAUCACCCAUGCGCCAACUUUUGAGGUUGGUUUCAGGUCUCAUCAUCAUUGUCAGUAUCUUUCUAUGUCUAUUGGCUUUUCUUAGAGUGCUCCAUUCUCAGUCCAAACUCCCACCAUCAUUCUUCAAGUCUCGGAGGUCUCAUGCUUUCAUUCAUGAAGAUCAGUUUAAAGGCCCUCCGAAAGUUGCCUUCCUCUUCCUCGUUCGUCAGGAUCUUCCUCUUGAUUUUCUCUGGGACACCUUCUUCAAGAAUGGGGAUGUGGCAAAGUUCUCGAUUUAUAUUCAUUCAGAGCCUGGUUUUGCAUUUGAUGAAUCAACCACAAGGUCUGCUUUCUUUUACGGUCGACAGCUGAACAACAGCAUUCAGGUAGUAUGGGGAGAAUCAAGUAUGAUAGAAGCAGAGCGCUUACUACUUGAAGAAGCUCUGUAUGAUCCAGCCAAUCAAAUAUUUGUCCUCCUCUCAGAUAGCUGUGUGCCUCUGUACAACUUCAGUUACAUUUACAACUAUGUAAUGUCUUCUCCAAGAAGCUUUGUGGACAGCUUCAUUGAUGUUAAAGGAUUUCGUUAUGAUCCGAAGAUGUCACCUACUAUACCUGAGGAGAGAUGGCGAAAAGGAUCCCAGUGGAUAACUUUGGUUAGAAGACAUGCAGAAAUUGUUGUGGACGACCAUACGGUUUUCCCCGUCUUCAGGAAAUUCUCGGCGGCCACCCAUAGACCUGAGUUUGAGGAGGCAACUUCUUGUAAGGAAAUACUGUCUUUUAAACUUUACAUGAAAAAGAAGGAAGAAAAAAGGACAGUUCUGAAGUAUCGGAAUUGUAUCCCAGAUGAACAUUACGUGCAGACACUACUUAUAAUAAGUGGACUUGAGGACGAACUUGAACGAAGAACAUUGACCUACACAUCAUGGAAUCAGACAACGAUACUAAGGAAAAGAAGGUCUUGGCAUCCUAUAACGUUUGAUUAUGCAGAUGCAAGCCCUUGGAAGAUGAGAGAAAUUAAGGAUAUCGACCAUGCAUACUAUGAGUACGAACAACACACCGAGUUCUGCCAUACCGGAUCCAAAAUCGCUUCAUGUUACUUGUUUGCAAGAAAAUUCACUGUCGGAGCUGCCAUGCGCAUUCUGAGAGAAGGUUUGAUUGGUCCUUAUGAUGUUACUGCAAUACCAAACAUGUGACCGUUACUGCAAUACCAGAUAUAAGGAGGCCUCUAUGAAA